AUGGCUACAACGCCACUUCGUUCACAAACUGGGGAGCAGGUCAGCCUGACGCGUCUUCUCAAUGCGCCGUCGAGGCGAUUGACGGUACUUGGACUUCUGUCAACUGUGCUACCACCUACCCCUACGUCUGCGCCUUCACCUCAGACAUUCCAGCUCCAACCUGUCCAGCAUGUCCCUCCCUACCUACAUGCCCAUCCGCCCCAAGGCAACCAGGACACUGUCAAAAUGGUUGGAGCUUUUUCAACAACACAGAUUCCUGCUAUAGGUAUUUCCUAUGGGCGACGUUUGACAACGCCGAACAGGUGUGCGUUUCCAAUGGUGGUCAUCUGA